AUGACUGUGGUAGUUUUGGCAUUCAUAAUACAAGCCAAAGCUCAAUCUCAGCCUCCAAGUCAAGUGGUUAUUACAAUUACUUCGCACGCUAGUUCAUCUACCGCUAGUUCCAAGCCCGAGGAACCAUCAGUAUCAUUUGAUGGUCUUAAGUCUUUAAUUAUUGUAGCCUCAUGUGUGGCUGGAAUUGUUGUUAUUACAAUAGUUGUAUGUAUAAUUAGAAAGAUAAGUAAUAAACGCCGUAAACGCAAAGGUGAUAAUAAUUAUAAUGAUGAUUCUCACAAUGGCGAUGGGAAGGGUCAAAAUGGUCACAAUCAAAAUAACAUUACUCAACAAACCUUAAAUGUUACUUCACCAGGUUUACCUUUUUUACCUUUUAUCGUUGAUAGCAAGGGGGAAGAAGAAAAAGAAGUUCCAAAAGUGGCAAGCGAAACCGACGUUAUUUUGAAAGUUCAAAGUGAUAAUGACAGCAGCGAUAAUAAAUAA